UACGCGAUCUCUUAUGCUCCUGUCGAGUCAGUACGUACUUGGCUCCGCGGAUUGGUUGCAUAGGUACCUCAUGGCAUUUCGCUGUUCGCCAAAGUCCUUGGCACAACAAACACCGCCAGCUCUGACCACUUCACCAUCUCAUCCCACGCCAGCACCGCCCAGCCUCUCAUUCAUCCUAUCCUGCCCGGCUCUGUCCUGUCCUCUCUCAUCUGAUCGAAAUGCUCAAGCUGAUCCUCCCUGAUGUCGGCCCUAUGCCACAGUCCACAGACUGGCUGAGCAUGACAGACGAACAACUUAAUGCCCAGCUUGUACUUCGCGGUCACAAACCACGCCGGCACUAUGCACAAGCAAUUCAAAAGCUGGUUCUCCUAGAAAAGGUCGAGCUCUAUAGCUGGCUAAGCGCCGUGGCGGAACACCAUGGACCAGGACAUAGCGACCUUCUGCUAUUGACACCAGUCAUUGCUCGAAGGAUGGCAAUGGGCAAAGAGCAGCUUCGAGGAGCUUUGGUAAGAUAUGAGAAGGUGGUGCAGAGAAAGACCAGAGAGGUAGCAGCACUUGAAGCCAUCGUUCAAUCACUGCUGCUGCUACUCAACGCACUUGAAAGGAACCUCGGCCGUGCCUCUGAUAGUACUGUGGCUGAAAAUAAUACUGCCCUGGCUGCUGGAGCUGCUGAACGUCUAGAUCUGGGAGGAGAUCUUCGAGAGUUCUCAUGACUGUUGAUAGACCAAUAACCAGCUUGGUAACAUAACGAAAUGUGCCGACAUGACCUUGCGAAUCUUGCGAAUCUAACGAACUCUUUCCAUUCUCGACCUAUCCCUAAUAUCACUACAUUCCUGCAAAAUACGGUUGUCGAAGGACCUACAUUAUCAAGCAAGCGAACUUGGGCACAAGCACUGGAGCAGAACUUUCAAAUGAGCCACACUCGAGGCUGGCAUCAUACAAAUGCCAGGGGGUUUGAAAUCAGCAGGGUUUGCCAAAAGAACAACCGGAUCUCAACUACAGAAUUUCUUACAUCUCCCUCAUUUGGCGGUGAUAGAACACACGCUUGGGCCACCAAUGAAAUAGGAUUUACGUGGUCUGAAAGAAUCCUUUUGAUGCCGUUCUUCCAAUCAAGAGCCCAGCUAUUCGUCUUCAUUAGCCAACAAAAACAGGCAUUGUCUCAAUGGGACAAUCCGUUUCAAUGAAUUGGCCACCUUUGUACUUCUUCUC